AAUGUAGUCCACUCUUUUUGUCUCAUCAGACAUCCAUCCAAAAAGAAACUCCUAUUCUAAUGUGAAUCCUUGAAGGAUAAUAACUCUCUUUCAUCCCUAUUAAAUGUGAAUAUUGUUUUACUGCUUGAGAAUAGCAACGUGGCACCGAAGAGUCUCAAAGCCCUAGCCUAUAGGGACCACUGUGUUCCACUAAACUUGAAGCCCUGUUCUCGUUAGCUAUCUAUCAUUCUCCAGAAACUGAAAAAAAAAAGAAAUGGUGAAAAAUUCUGAAAUAAUUCCUUUAAUUAAUCCAUCACCAUCAUCAUCAACAACAGAAGGAACAGCAUCCAAAUUUCAGACUAUAGGCAACAUCAUAGUCUCAAUAGUUGGAACCGGCGUUUUAGGCCUCCCUUUUGCUUUUCGGGUUGCCGGUUGGCUCGCUGGAUCCCUAGGUGUUAUCCUUGCUGGCUUUGCUACUUUCUACUGCAUGCUCCUUCUGGUUCAGUGCAGGGAUAAAUCAGCAUCAGAAAAUAAACUACAAGGGACAAUAACAUAUGGUGAUUUGGGUUACAUUUGCAUGGGAAAACCAGGCAGAUACUUGACUGAAUUUCUCAUUUUCAUCUCUCAAUGUGGAGGAUCUGUAGCAUACUUGGUAUUCAUUGGUCAAAACCUUGUAUCAGUUUUCAAGGGUCAAACCUUCAGUGUUGCAUCUUACAUAUUCUUGUUAGUCCCAAUUGAGAUUGCAUUGUCAUGGAUUGGAUCCCUUUCAGCUUUUGCCCCUUUCAGCAUUUUUGCCGAUAUAUGCAAUGUGUUGGCAAUGGGAUUUGUUGUUAAAGAAGAUAUAGAACGUGCAAUCGGGGGAGGCUUUUCAUUUCGGGACCGGAAAGCCAUCGCUGAUAACUUGGGAGGGUUGCCGUUUGCAGGAGGGAUGGCAGUGUUCUGUUUCGAAGGGUUCGGAAUGACAUUGGCUCUGGAGCAAUCAAUGAAAGAGAGGAACACAUUCCCUAAGGUGUUAGGCAUGGCAUUUACUUGGAUUACACUUAUGUAUGUUCUGUUUGGGAGUUUCGGUUAUUUAGCUUAUGGUGAUGAAACAAAAGAUAUCAUAACAAUAAAUCUUCCUAACAAUUGGACAGCCACUGCAGUCCAGAUUGGCUUAUGCCUAGGGCUCGUAUUUACGUUCCCCAUCAUGGUUCACCCCGUUAACGAAAUCUUGGAAGGGAAGUUGAAGAAAAUUAUAUGGUUUCAGAAGCUCAACAACAAUGAUGCUGAAAAUUCAAUUACAGGAUUAGGCAAGCUAGGAACAUACACCAGCAGGGCGGUUCUAAUAAUCGGUUUAGCGGUUUUGGCAUCAUAUGUUCCGGGGUUUGCUAUAUUUGCGUCGUUUGUUGGGAGUACUGUAUGUGCAUUGAUCUCGUUCGUUUUGCCCGCCUCAUUUCACUUAACUUUGUUGGGAUCAUCUUUGAGUUUGUGGCAGAAAGCCUUAGAUUGUUGCGUCCUAUUGUGUGGAUUGAUUUUUGCAGCUUAUGGUACAUAUAACACCAUAGUUGGAAUCUGAAAAAACAAAAAUAUAUAUUGGUUAUGGUAAAAAAUGAAUGGAAAAUUCAGUUCGAUUAGAUUAAUGAAA